GUUGCACUACAUGUUGUAAACAGUGAGAUCUCCAUUUUGUAUGUUUUUCCUAGAGGUUAGCGCCUACUUUCCUUUCGACUGUGAACAGCACAGCUAAUUCCGUGCAUUUCGGACGCAAUUGGAUACCUAACACAUUGGAGUGGAUUGGAUGAUCCGAUCGAUUACUUGCUUAAUCGUGUCCUGAUAGGAUUUGCAAGGAGAACGCAAUCAGAUGUUUUCGUGUUUCUAGCCGGUUUGCAAGCAAAACAACACCAAACAAAAACAACCAUGCAUGGACUCACAACUACAAAACGCCUGAGGGGAUCAUAAGAUGGAUCAAGGAGGAGUGAAGAAGAGCAGGAGUGACAACAGCAGAGUUAAGCUGCAUCUGAGCGAAACCCCCUCGGAGAGAACCCCUCUCACUGGUGCUCCCUGCAGUGCCAUGUCCGUUGCCUUGGCAACCACCACCACCCAGUUCCUUCCAUCCAGCCAGCUGAUGCAACCAGGUGACGUGCCCAGCGGACUCAGUAACAGCCCCCCUCCCUCAGGUGAGGACCUCGCCUCAGCCUCCGUCACGGCCUCCGUGGGCCUCUACCUGGAAGACCCAGAGCCUCCCACCAUAAAGCUCCUGCCCCAACAGACUAACACGUCCCUGGGCCUUGGACUCUUCACCCUUGGGGAUACCUACUCCCGCCUGGAAGACAGCAUCGCUGACUUCCACCGCUCCUCACCCAGCAUGGACUCUCUGAUCGGGGGCUCAGACCCUAACCUGUUCCCCUUGUCCAUGAGGACGGAGACAGACUUCUCCCGGGACCAGGACCUUAUGGAUAUGGACCAGGAAGGGUACAUUGGAAAAGACCAGAAACUGUUUAACGACAACACUCUGGAUCUCCUCCAGGACUUUGAGCUGACAGGCUCCCCCUCAGACUUUUACGUAGGGGACGACGCCUUCCUCUCCUCCCUGGCUGAUGACACUCUCCUGGGGGAUGAAAGCCAGGAUCGUAGGGUCUCCAUCUCCACCUCCAAGCCAGCUGCUACUACGACCAAUAGUGGUGAUUUUAGCGGUUCCAACACCACCACGUUGAAUGGUAGCAAUCUACUAACAUGUCAGGAUGAAUCCAACUCCAGCACCCCUAUGACAGGCAACUCCCCGACCCCCAACACCUUUCCCGUGGUGAAGCUCGAGAAGGAAGCUGGCUUCAUCCAGCUGUGUACUCCAGGGGUGAUCAAACAGGAGAAGACUUCGGCCAUUCGUAGCUACUCCUGCCGGAUGAGUGGUAGUACCGGAGGCUCCACUUCCUCCUCCCCCUCCGAGCUGUCCAGCGCCAGCCCCAUCUCCAUCUGUGGGGUGAGCACCUCUGGAGGACAGAGCUACCACUUUGGAGUCAACAGCAGCAUCAACACCACCUUGGCUUCCACUACCAGUGGAGCUUCUCCGCAGAAGGACCAGAAGCCCUCUGUGUUCAGCCUGUAUCCUCCGCUGGUGACCGUAGGAGAGGUCUGGAACAACAGUAGCUAUGGGGACGGAGCUUCUGGAAUGCAAGGUCUCUCCAGCCCUAUCUCCUCUUUCUCCAGCAGCUUUGCCAGUUCAACCUCCAGGCAGGGUGGUGGCGCUGCGUCGUGUACAACCCAGAGCAAGGCCGGGACCGCCCAUAAGAUCUGUCUGGUAUGUUCAGAUGAGGCGUCCGGCUGUCACUACGGGGUGCUCACCUGCGGAAGCUGCAAGGUGUUCUUCAAGCGAGCCGUGGAAGGUACGGUGGCAAGGGGGCAACACAACUACCUGUGUGCUGGGAGGAAUGACUGCAUCAUCGAUAAGAUCAGAAGGAAGAACUGUCCAGCCUGCCGCUUCCGCAAGUGUCUCAUGGCAGGGAUGAACCUGGAAGCUCGUAAAACUAAGAAGCUGAACCGUUUAAAGGGGGUGCAGCAGCCCACCAUGGCCGAGCUGACCCCCCGUCCGCUCCCAGAGGCAAGGUCGCUGGUCCCCAAGUCCAUGCCCCAGCUCACCCCCACCAUGCUGUCUCUACUAAAGGCCAUCGAGCCAGACACCAUCUACUCUGGCUACGACGGCACCCUUCCAGACACCUCCACACGCAUCAUGACCACCCUCAACAGGCUGGGGGGACGACAGGUGGUAUCAGCCGUCAAGUGGGCCAAGUCUUUGCCAGGGUUCCGGAACCUUCACCUGGACGACCAGAUGACUCUGCUGCAGUGUUCCUGGUUGUUCCUCAUGUCCUUCGGCCUGGGCUGGAGGUCCUACCAACAGUGUGACGGGAACAUGCUCUGUUUCGCUCCAGACCUCGUCAUCAACCAGGACCGUAUGAAGCUGCCCUACAUGGCAGAUCAGUGUGAACAGAUGUUGAAGAUCUCCAGUGAGUUUGUCAGGCUGCAGGUGUCUCAUGAUGAGUAUCUGUGUAUGAAGGUUCUGCUGCUGCUCAGCACCGUGCCAAAGGAUGGUCUGAAAAGUCAGGCAGUGUUUGAUGAGAUCAGGAUGUCCUACAUCAAGGAGUUGGGGAAGGCCAUCGUCAAGAGGGAGGAAAACUCCAGCCAGAACUGGCAACGCUUCUACCAGCUCACCAAGCUUCUUGACUCCAUGCAUGAGAUGGUUGGUGGGCUGCUGAACUUCUGCUUCUACACGUUCGUCAACAAGUCUCUGUCGGUGGAGUUCCCAGAGAUGUUAGCAGAGAUCAUCAGCAACCAGUUACCAAAAUUCAAAGCCGGGAGCGUCAAGCCCCUCCUCUUCCACCAGAAAUGACUGUGUGGUGCUUCCGCCACCAAGACACAAUGCCUUAAAAUCCCCUCACCUUCCCCUGACAGAGGGAGACCGGGAAGAAGAGAGAACAGAAGAGGAGAUGCUGUUUUGGGAGAAAGUAUACAAAGUACAAGGGUUUGGGGAUUUGGGGAUGAAACAUGGAGGAGGAAGGAGAGAUUUGUCAAGAGGCAGAAGACGAGAGGGAAAGAGCACAGAGGUUUUUUGUUUCGUUUAACAUCUAUGAUCCAGUAUGCAGUAUAACAGUAGAAAUAAAUGUUUUCUUAAGUUUAAAAGAUAAUCAAGGAUUGAAAUAAACUAACCAUUCAUGUUUUCUCAGGUGUAUCACCCUCAGAAUUUAACAAUAUCUAGAUUAAACAAGUAUCUAUGUACAGAUUAUUAAGAUCCUAUUUUUUACAUCUAAGUUUCUGCUGCCACAGUUUAUACAGUUUAUUAUACAGGUCAUUUCUUACCUCAGCAAAGGUAACACUAUAACUAUAACUCUUAUGCUGUUAUCCCACAGGUUUAGCUACUGGGUAUUCCUCUACCUACUGUCGUGUUUAGGACCUUGUUGUAACAGAGUUGGUUAUCAAGUCACAUGACAUAAAACAUCUUGUUUUGUUCGUAACUGUCUUUUCAAAAGCAUGUUUGCAUCGCUUUUUUUUAAAAGUCAGGCAUAACAUUAUGAAAUUGUUGUUUUUGUAAUGAAAGCGUACAGUACACAAUUCACAGACCUAUCUUUGUCUACGUUUAGGCUACACGCUGGCUGCCAGGUUUACACACACACCGUCGAUCAGAAAAAGGGAGAGAAAAGAUGUGCCUUUUUAGCUUGACGUCUGAUUUUAGCCGUUCUCUAACUAUCCGAGGAUAUUCUUCUUUCACCAUCAUGGUUGACCCUCAGUGUAUGUGAUUGUUUUCUUCCUAUUACAUGCAGUUGCAGUCAGUUUUCCUUUUUAAAAUGGCUGCCGUGUUUGUCUGUUGCUAUUGCAGCUCAGUUAUGGAUUCUCAGUGUGAUAUCAAUCGAUCUAAUAAUACUCCCAAUCUGCAUACAGUAUUCCCUUCCCGAUCUCUUGUACACGUCUCUAUUUUAAAUACUAUUUUAGCACUAUGCCCCCCCCCCUACUAAAAUGAGAGAAUGUGAAAGUAAGUAGUAGAAAAGAUGGCUUUAACUCUAUUGGAUGUUUGUAGAAGGAAGCUAUUAAUUGUCACCAUUGAACUUCAGUUAUUUUUGUCAGCAAAAUGUUUUUAAAUGUAACCUUUAUUUAACUAGGCAAUUCAGUUAACAAAUUAUUAUUUACAAUGACGGCCUAUCGGGGAACAGUGGGUUAACUGCCUUGUUCGGGGGCAGAACGACAGAUUUUUACCUUAUCAGCUCGGGGAUUCGAUCCAGCAACCUUUUGGUUACUGGCCCAACGCUCUAACCACUUGGCUACCAGCCGUCAGUCAGUGAACUUCUUCCUGUUGCUUUUGUUUUAACUGUUGUUUUGCUAGUAGUUUUUUUGCCCAUUGUCAUUGUUGGAAUGUGCUGGAGAGAGAGAUGCGUCAGCCAAUCAAAAAUAGAGAGUUUGAGAACGCAUCGAUGGCCCCAAAACCAGGCUGGUUGCUAUGGUUUCCCUAACCGUAAUAUUUGAUGGGAAUAUGGCAGUUCUUGAAUUUUGUUGUACAGUAGUUCUUGGUCACUUUAGGAAAGGCAGAGGGCUUCAGUGUUGACCCUCAAUACUCUAUAUGCACACAGGUGUGUUUGAAUGGAUAGUAGAGUGGUAUGUGAAUGAAACAUGGGUAACUUGUCAUUAUUGAUCCCUAAAGAGUCAUUUUAUAGCGCUUAUAUUCUGGCAACAGUGACAUGUCAUGACAUAUCAGACAAUUUGACCAUUUUAUGAGACGAACCAGCAAUACACAGGGGGUUGUAGAGAACUGACACUGGUGGACCGUGUUCUAGGACAACCUCUUACCCACCUAGGCACCUUGCUUACGUCUUAGCUCUUUGUGUGUGUUUUACUCAAACGUUUUCCAGUAAAGCACUUAGUACUAACAUCCUUCUCUGUCAUCUUGUGUUUUGCACUCAAACUGUGUGUCGUCCCAAAUGACACCCUGUUCCCUUUGUAGUGUGUUACUUAUGACCAGAGGAGGGCUCUGGUCCAAAGUAGUGCAUGAAAUAGGGAAUAGGAUGCCAUUUGGGAUGUAGCUUAGUUGAUGAGGGCAUAGCUCCAUCUUCUGUCCUCUGGGACUUUCAGUGCCAAACUUUAACUUUUACUUUCUUUUUUUCAGGUUUGGAAAACAGUCCUCCUUUUAACAGUUGUCAGUGUUUAUUUCAGAAAAAGAUGAGGGGGGGGGGGACUACUUAAAGCGCUUAUGUCCACCGUGGAUUGAAUGGAUUAUUAGUGUUUUCAUCCACACUAGAGAUUCCCUAGCAUAAGUAUAGAUAGCAAGUUGACCCUUUAAGUCUAACAAACCCUUUCUAUACACAUGUACUUAGGUAGUUUAAUGAGUCCAACAUGAAUUUGUAAUAUUUGAUGAUUUUGUCAUCAUGUUGUCACCAAAAACAUUUCCCUGCUUUGUCAUUCAUGUUUUGCUUCUGUGCAGAUUUUUUGUUCUUUUCUCCCGUAAAACACAAACCAACCCAGGUAUCAAAAUGAAUGUGAAUCUCUGUACUAGGCCAGGCGGGGAUAACUGAUGUCCUCGAGGGAGGGCAUAGCGUCUACUGGUUACUCUUCCUAACUCCUGGCACGUAUUUAAUCCAUUAAUGUUCCUAGUUGCUCUGAGAGGGCAACAUACCUGGUUAAAUCCAGUCACUGGUUUAAAGGAAGAGACAAAAACCAGGAGACAUUCUAAAAAUGUAUGGUGAUGCCGGACAUUUGAGGGGAAUUGUUAACCCGAGACCUUAACUUUUCACUGAACUGGCAUUAAAAAUACAAUGCUAGCUAUUUUUUUGCUGUCAUUGGUCUAUUUACGUGUUGGAAAAAUGACAUCUAUUUUAUUCUUUUCAUACACUAUGCCAACAUCUAAUAAGAAGCUAUACAUUAGUGAUUUUUAAGAACAACUAGACCAUACUCAGGUUGUUGUCAUGGGUUAAAAAUGUAUGUGGUCAUCUAUGUUCACUGAUGGAACUGUUUAAAACCAAAAACAUUCAGUUUUGAUUCCCAACAUUGUGUGUUUUUGUGACAUUCAUUAAUUAACAGUCAGGUUAAAUAAAAGCUCACCUGGCCAUUCAGGUAAGUUAGUUUCAUACAUACUGGACAUGCCAAAGUAAUUUGAUGUUCUCACUACUUGGUUAGCCAUUGUUAACUUCCCAAUCUAUCCUAAAAGAAAAUAUUUUAUUUUAUUUCAAAUGGUGAUACAAAUAUAGUUGAGCAAAACCAGCAAAUUAGUUCUCCCUAUCUAAACAGCUUGUGGAUUUCUUCUGGGUUACUUUCACAUUCAGUGUGGCUACAAGUUGUUCUCUGCUGUUGCCUUUCAUAUAACAAGUAUGAAACCACAAACUACUCACCUCUCCUAAUCCCAAAAAAUGUAUUGGUCUCUGUGAAAUUGUAUCAUACAGUACAUUUUUGACAAGGAAAUCUGAAAAUAUGCAAUACAAAUACAUGACUUACUUGUUGCUCUAAACAAGAGAUUAUAGACAUGUACUAUGUCAUUUCUUUUUUUUCCUUUUACAAUAAGCUAUUUUAGACAGAAAAUGUUCACUUUCACUUUAGUGAACUAUUUUCUGUAUUUCUCUGCAGGACAGAUUUUCAGGAAACCUUUCAAUAGUGUCAAUAUAUACCAUUUAUUUAGACAACACAGUUCCAGUAUAUUAGAUUUUUCUACAAGGUGGCCAAAGCAAAUCCAGACUCAAAGUUCAGCAUAUUUUCCUGUAGUUUUAGUAGCUCUUGGAACGACAGACGUACAGGACUUUUUGUUCUAUAACACGUUUUAUAUUUCUUUUUUUUUGUAUAGCUUUGGUCAAAUGUUGUGUACUAAUAUUAUGAAUAUAGUAGUCAGUCAAAAAGUUCACACGAAAAAAAAUCAACCAGUUUGAACCUAACAAUUUCCACUGUCCCAAAUAUUGUUUUGAAAUUCUAUUUUGUAUAAAACAUAUGCAGCCUUUAACUUUUGAAACGUAUUAUCAAGGGCAGAACGAUGAGUAUUCACUGGUAUAUGCUUUUCUUUGAAGCUUAUUUGUUUUGCUUGUACACAAUUUCAAUUAUGUACAUAUAAUCCAAAAGUAAAGAAAAAAACAAUUUGUUGUAUUUCUUCCACAAAUAAUAAUAGUUUUCUAUAUCCUCUGUAUUAUUGCUCAUCUGUAGUAGGUCAUGUUGAUGCUUUUCCUUCCAUUAAAUGUUGAACUACG